AGGUUUCUCGGCCGACAUCCUGUCUGCAAGCAAGACUUUUUGUGCCUCGCCCAGUGCAGGGUCUGACGUCAGGAAGUGCGAAAUGAUGUGUGUGCUACAUGCCUGGCGCCACUGCUACCAUCAUAUCUGUAAUCAAAGCUGGUGUGCUUGAUGUCAGGUAGAGCCAAAUGCAAGGUGUCUACAGACAGUGAACGGUGUUCUUCCUGCCUGAUGUCGCUGCUGCAAUAAAUAUCUCAAAAGUCAGAGGCCACAGCACAUCAACUGCCACUUCAAUCCAGUGAAAGAUGUCUGGAUGCCUAAAAGUCACAACCUUGUGGCUUAACCAUGACUGGAGUACAAACCUACGGUUCAUGGCAACUGCUGCAGGGAGAGUGAACACAGAAUCUUCGAAAAGGAGAAGCAAGAGUCUGAAGAAAGAUGUUUCUUAUUAUGAGAAGAAACAGGAGAAAUUGAUUAGAGAAAAACUGAUACAGAAUACCACAGAAAGUUCCAAGAAUCAUGUGUACAACAGGCUUUUUCCAUGGCAAAGCUCACAGGAACUUGCAGAACAUCUGAGGAACACUGAAGUUUACAAUAACGAUGGCUUGAUAGCACUGAACAAACCCUAUGGUGUUGGUAUGACAAAAUUAGACCGAUCUAAAGCCACAGGACCACAUACUACUGUUGAAACACUUAACAUGGGCAUUACCCUGCCCCACGUCCCAGCCAUGAGUCAGGUGUUGCCAUUUCUCAAAGAGCAAUAUGCUGCAGAUCAUCUAGAAAUUGUUAAAUCUACUGAGAGGUGGAGCAGUGGAUUGAUGCUUCUGAGCACAUCUUCAAAGCUAACAGAGAAGAUUCAGAAAUGCCUCAGAAGAUGUAAGGCAAUGAGUCAGCCCGCCAUGACGUAUAGAGCAAUUACUGUCGGCCUUCCCUCUCCAGCUUCCAUUGCCACAAAAGUAGCCACAAAACUGGAGUAUGUCCAUAAUACUGGAAAAGUGCCUGUUAUAGUUGAAAAGUACUCAGUGUCAGCUGCCAAGGCUAACUUGGUGAAGCCUGUACUUGUGCAUCACAAAAUGCUUGAAUACAACAAAGAAGUGGAUGCAUCUCUGUUGGAGAUCAAAGCUCAAGUCUCAAAAUGGCACUUUCUUCGGGUCUGGGCAACCUACUGCUACAGCCCCAUUCUUGGAGACCACCUCUAUUCAGGAAGAGUAAAGACUCUCAUGGGAAGAAAAAUCAUAGUCAGCCAUCAUAAUACUUAUCUUGAACCACAGAACCUACCAGACAAUUUAUAUUCCAAGCUGGCUUUACCUCCAAGGUCGUCUGAGAUGGUUCCCUGCCAUUUACAUUUAUCAACAGUAACUCUUUGUCAGUUUAGUAAAGAUAAAUCAGAUUUGGUGCUCUCUGCGGCACCACCUGAACAUUUCAUGUGGACCUGCAAGCAGCUUGGUCUUCAGCCCAGUGAUGAAGAGGAGGAACAUGGACAUAAUGAAAGUGACAAGAUACAGUAGAUGUACAGUACAAACCUAAUACCACCAGUAAUAUUGAUAACUCAUCAUUGUAUAUUAUGUGAAAUAUAAUUAUGAUAUGGA